AUGCUUGACCUCGAGUUAUUGCAUGCUUGGAUGACCAAUGGUGCUGCAACCUUCUUGGACUAUCGAGAAUCUGAUGUCCAUGUCUUCACGACCACGGCCAUUCAAAUCGCUUUCCAAUACCCAUUCCUCAUGCACCAGAUUCUCUCUCUCGGCGCUCUCUACCUCGCACACGUCAAUCCGCAAAAGGCGUCUCUCUAUGAACACGCAUCUGAUAACCAUGCAGCAAUUGGAAUUACACUGUUCCAGCCUCAAAUCGGUAACAUGGACGUGGAAAAUUGCCACGCAUGUUUUGCCUUUUCAACGCAUCUCUUUUUGCUAGCAUGGGCUAAUCAGGACGUCACUAAGCCGUCGACAAUAUUCUUCGCGCCUAGCCAAAUGACAGACUCGGAAACGAUUACUAUCCAAUGGGUGAAAUUGCACCGAGGCGCCAUGCAACUAAUAACAGACUUCUGGUCCGUUCUUGAACACGGCCCAUUGCGAGUAUUGUUUGAUAAUUGGGCUGGUCUUGACCCACAUCGUGAAGAUCCCGUCGAAGAUUCGGUACAGCCGCAUCUUGACAAUCUGGCCGAAGCUUGGAUCUCUGGAUCAACGACAGCGUCUGAAAAGGAAGUUCUCUUCAAGACUCUUGGACUUCUGCGUCGUGUUUUCAGCAUGAUGUCUUUCGUUCCACACAUUGGGAACUUACAUAUUGUCAUGGCCUGGUUUUCGUGGAUCCCGACUCGAUUUCUAGUGAUGCUGGAGAACAAGGUCCCAGAAGCGCUGUUAAUUGUGUCGUAUUAUUGCGUGGCGUUGCAACAGAUGGGUCAUGUCUUUUGGCUUACGGGAAAGGCGGGGAAUCUAUUGAAGACGGUUGUUGAUGUUCUGGGAGAUGGAUGGGAACGAUGGACGAGGUGGCCGAUAGAGCAAGUUUUAGGAGUUGAUGGGUUGAAGGAAUUUUCUGUUGAUAGUAAAUAG